UCGGGCGCUGACAGCCCUGCCGGGACUCCUCGAACCGCCUUUGAGUCUUUCGGAAGCAAACAGUGGGCAUCGCCACUCGCCGCAGACCUGCCCCCGGAGGCUGGAACCGGGCAGCUGCCUAGCUUCUUGGGUUCAACAGAUGAAAAUACUCUCAUCCUGCUGGAGUUAUCAACACAGAAAAAGACUGUGUCUUUUUUUUUUUAUUAAAGCUACAGGUCAGUCAGUUUUGUCUGUCUCAUUCUGGACCAGAAAUAAUAAAGAAUAGUUUCACUUUACCACUAGUCUUCUAGAAUGUGGUUAAGAGAUGUGAGUCCAAAAAGAAAUGCACUGUUCCCCCAGAGGAUAGAUACCCCCACCACAGCUAUCUUGCCUUUGUGAAGGAGAGGGCAGAGUUCACCUUUAACCAUUAAAAAAAAAGUGAAAAUGAGCAACCGAAGGAAACGCGCUCCUCCAGUGAAAGUAGAUGAAGAAAAGCAACAGCAGCUUCGUUGGAAUAUGCAUGAGGACAGAAGGAAUGAACCUGCCACCUUAACUGAUGAUGAGCAUCCCUGCACAGCUUCAGAGUCCUCUUCUGCUGAGUGCAUCAUCCUAGAUGAUAGCCUAAAGGAAGAAGUGGCUCACAGAGAUAAAAAGAGAUGUUCAGAGUCAGUGUGCAUCUCAAAAUCAAUCGAUAAAGAAGAGAUUGGUGACAGUUUUUCCCCUUUGUCAGUAAAGCUGAAUAUUGUGAUUUCUCCCUGUCACUUUGAUAAUUCUUGGAAAGCACUUCUAGGAGAAUUCACUCUUCAGCUUCUUCCGGAACAGAGUUUAAUUGAAAAUUUUUCUGAAAGGAGUUUUACACUGGUCAGUUCAGAGUCAAGCAGUCAGUUCCUGAUCUAUGUUCAUUCAGAAUGCAUAGAUGUGGAGAAACAAGAAAAAGGACUCAACAAGCCAAGCAGUGUUUGUGACAAGGGUACCCGAGUGGAAUCAUCCUUCAGUGGUGAAAUGUUAGAGGAUUUGGGGUGGCUACAAAAGAAGAGAAGAAUAAAACUUUACCACAAACCAGAUGGAAAUCACAUUAUUAAGGUUGGAAUUUAUCUUUUGGAAGACGGCCUAGCAAAACUAGACUUUUUGAGUGAUGCAAAUUCAAGAAUGAAAAAGUUCAAUCAACUCAUGAAGAAAGUGAUGGAAAAGUUAUACAAUUUUAUUAUUCCAGAUGUGUUGGAAGAGGAUGAGGAAGAUUCAGAGAGUGAGCCAGAGGGACAGGACAUUGAUGAGCUCUAUCACUUUGUGAAGCAAACACAUCAGCAAGAAACACAGUCCAUUCAAGUGGAUGUCCAGCAUCCUGCAUUGACUCCUGUGUUGAGACCUUACCAAAGAGAGGCUGUCAAUUGGAUGCUACAACAAGAGCAUUUCAGAAGUACUCCCGUUAGUGAAAAUGCCCUGCACUUCUUAUGGCGAGAGAUUGUUACAUCUGAGGGUUUGAAACUCUACUACAACCCAUAUACAGGCUGCAUCAUCCGUGAGUACCCAAGUGCUGGGCCACAGUUGUUUGGUGGAAUCUUAGCAGAUGAGAUGGGUCUUGGAAAGACAGUGGAGGUUUUGGCUCUGAUUCUGACACACAUUCGACAGGAUGUCAAACAAGAUGCUCUGACUCUUCCUGAGGGAAAAGUGGUCAACUAUUUCAUUCCAUCACAUUCUGGAGGACAAGUAAAAAACACAGAAGCUCAGAUUAUGGAAAUUGAACCAAAAGAAAAAGUUCAGUGCCCCCCUACACGUGUGAUGAUCCUGACAGCUGUGAAAGAAAUGAAUGGAAAAAAGGGAGUUUCCAUCCUUUCCAUCUAUAAGUAUGUCAGUUCUAUAUAUAGAUAUGAUGUUCAUCGCAACAAGAGUCUUCUGAAACGGAUGCUGAAAUGUUUAAUUUUCGAAGGUCUUGUGAAACAGAUCAAAGGCCAUGGUUUUUCUGGGACUUUUACAUUGGGGAAGAAUUACAAGGAAGAGGAUAUAUAUGAUAAAACCAAAAAGCAGGCAGUAUGGAGUCCGAGGAAAAUUCAGAAAGAAUCCAGAAAGUCAUUGAGCAAGGACACAGAUUCUGAAUACUUGCCAUCAAACACCUCUGAUGAUGAUGAUGAUCCUUACUAUUAUUACUAUAAGCCCAGGAGAAAUCGUAGUAAAAUGAGAAAAAAGCCUGUUCCAUCCACAAAAAAGGAACAAAGUCAACCUGACAUCAAUCUCAGUUUACAAGAUCAUGAUCCACCCACCAGUGACUCUGGAAUCACUGAUGUUACCACAUCCACAAGUACCUGUGUCUUUGAAGUCCAGCAAGAAGAUGCAGCAGAGACCCAAGCUGAAUCGCUAAACCCUGCUGGUGGUGAUGUGCCACAUUCUAAUAUUAUGAGUCCCUAUAAUUCGUCUGAUUAUCGCUUUGAGUGCAUAUGUGGUGAACUUGACCAUAUUGACCGUAAGCCUCGUGUUCAGUGCCUGAAAUGCCACCUGUGGCAACAUGCAAAAUGUGUGAAUUAUGAAGAGAAGAAUCUGAAGAUUAAGCCUUUCUAUUGCCCCCACUGCCUUGUUGCAAUGGAGCCAGUAUCAACUAGAGCAACUCUGAUCAUCUCACCCAGUUCCAUAUGUCAUCAGUGGGUGGAUGAAAUCAAUAGGCAUGUGAGAUCAUCAUCUCUUCGAGUUUUGGUAUAUCAAGGAGUGAAGAAAGAUGGCUUUUUACAGCCUCAUUUUUUGGCAGAACAGGAUAUAGUUAUCAUUACCUAUGAUGUCCUUCGUUCAGAGCUAAAUUAUGUAGAUAUCCCACACAGCAAUAGUGAGGAUGGACGUCGCUUACGGAACCAGAAGCGCUAUAUGGCUAUUCCAAGCCCCCUGGUAGCUGUGGAAUGGUGGAGGAUCUGCCUUGAUGAAGCUCAGAUGGUUGAAUGUCCUGCUGUAAAAGCUGCAGAAAUGGCUCAGCGCUUGAGUGGGAUUAAUCGCUGGUGCAUCAGUGGUACUCCAGUACAGAGAGGACUGGAGGAUCUUUUCGGACUAGUGGUCUUUCUUGGUGUUGAACCUUUCUGUGUCAAGCACUGGUGGGUUCGACUUCUCUACCACCCUUACUGCAGGAAGAAUCCUCAGCCCCUCUACAGCUUUAUUGCCAAGAUUCUGUGGAGGUCUGCAAAGAAAGAUGUGAUUGACCAAAUUCAGAUACCUCCUCAGACAGAAGAAACCCACUGGCUCCACUUUUCUCCAGUGGAAAGACAUUUCUAUCACCGUCAGCAUGAGGUGUGCUGCCAGGAUGCCGUAGUCAAACUCAGGAAGAUUUCUGACUGGGCUCUGAAGCUCAGCAGCCUGGACCGAAGGACUGUCACCUCCAUCCUGUACCCACUGCUGAGGCUCCGGCAGGCCUGCUGCCACCCGCAGGCCGUUCGCGGAGAGUUCCUGCCACUCCAAAAAAGCACCAUGACAAUGGAAGAGCUUCUGACAUCACUGCAGAAGAAAUGUGGAACUGAAUGUGAAGAAGCACAUCGGCAACUAGUUUGUGCUCUCAAUGGCUUAGCAGGCAUCCACAUCAUUAAAGGUGAGUAUGCAUUGGCAGCAGAACUGUACAGAGAGGUGUUGCGUUCAUCUGAGGAACACAAGGGAAAACUCAAAACUGAUUCACUUCAAAGACUUCAUGCAACUCAUAAUUUGAUGGAAUUGUUGGCAGACAAGCACCCAGGGAUACCUCCUACCUUGCGAGAUGGCAGACUUGAGGAAGAGGCCAGACAACUGAGGGAGCAUUAUAUGAGCAAGUGUAACACUGAGGUUGCUGAAGCACAGCAAGCUUUGCUGCCUGUGCAGCAGACCAUUCGUGAGCUCCAAAGAAAGAUUUAUUCUAAUUCUCCUUGGUGGCUGAAUGUGAUCCACAGAGCAGUGGAAUUCUCUAUUGAUGAGGAGCUUGUCCAACGAGUGCGAAAUGAAAUAACCAGCAACUACAAGCAACAGACUAGCAAGCUUUCUAUGUCAGAGAAAUUCCGUGAUUGCAGAGGUCUUCAGUUCUUACUAACAACACAAAUGGAAGAACUAAAUAAAUUCCAGAAGCUGGUAAGAGAGGCUGUUAAAAACCUGGAGGGACCUCCAUCUCGUAAUGUUAUUGAGUCUGCAACAAUCUGCCACCUCCGACCAAUUAGACUUCCUCUCAACUGCUGUGUCUUUUGUAAGGCUGAUGAAUUGUUCACAGAGUAUGAAUCAAAGCUAUUUUCUCACACAGUCAAAGGCCAGACUGCAAUAUUUGAGGAGAUGAUAGAAGAUGAAGAAGGCCUGGUGGAUGAUCGAGCGCCUACCACCAACCGGGGUCUAUGGGCAAUAAGUGAGACAGAGCGAUCUAUGAAAGCUCUACUAUCAUUUGCAAAAUCACAUAGAUUUGACAUUGAAUUCAUUGAUGAAGGAAGUACUUCAAUGGAUCUCUUUGAAGCUUGGAAAAAGGAAUAUAAGUUGCUUCAUGAGUACUGGAUGGCUCUGAGGAAUCGUGUAUCUGCUGUUGAUGAACUGGCAAUGGCUACAGAACGUCUAAGAAUUCGUCAUCCUAGGGAGCCAAAGCCCAAUCCACCUGUUCUUCACAUCAUUGAACCACAUGAGGUGGAGCAAAAUCGGAUAAAACUACUAAAUGAUAAAACUGUUGCUACGUCACAGCUUCAGAAAAAACUUGGGCAGCUUCUUUACCUAAAUAACUUGGAGAAGUCUCAAGACAAGACGUCAGGAGGUAUUAAUCCAGAACCUUGUCCAAUCUGUGCUCGGCAGCUGGGAAAACAGUGGGCAGUCCUGACCUGUGGGCACUGUUUCUGUAAUGAAUGCGUCUCCAUUAUUAUCGAACAGUACAGCGUGGGCUCCCACAGAAGCUCCAUUAAGUGUGCCAUCUGCCGCCAGAACACGUCUCACAAAGAAAUCUCGUAUGUCUUCACCUCGGAGAAAGCCAGCCAGGAAGAGGACAUCCCUGUGAAGGGUAGUCAUUCUACAAAAGUGGAAGCUGUGGUCAGAACUCUGAUGAGAAUCCAGCUUAGAGAUCCAGAAGCUAAAGCACUCGUUUUCUCAACGUGGCAAGAUGUAUUAGAUAUUAUUUCAAAAGCUCUCACUGACAACAACAUGGAGUUUGCACAGAUCAGUCGUGUGAAGACAUUUCAGGAGAACCUUUCAGCAUUUAAACAUGAUCCCCAAAUCAAUAUUUUGCUGCUGCCCCUGCACACAGGUUCUAAUGGAUUAACUAUCAUUGAAGCUACUCACGUUCUCUUGGUGGAGCCCAUAUUGAACCCUGCCCAUGAGCUUCAGGCCAUAGGAAGGGUGCACCGAAUUGGACAAACAAAACCUACUAUUGUACACAGAUUCUUGAUUAAAGCAACAAUAGAAGAAAGAAUGCAAGCAAUGCUGAAAACUGCUGAGAGGAGUCACACCAGCUCAUCGGCGAAGCAUCCAGAGGCCUCUGUCUUGACCGUGGCUGAUCUGGCAGACCUCUUUACCAAAGACACUGAAGAACUUGAAUGAAGUGCACCUGAUUCAGUCUGCAAACGUCAAUGUAUUUAAAAACUGCUGUAGCUUGUAGAGCAAAGUCACAAGUAAACUAUCCACUAGAUGUCAGUAUCCACUGUCCUUAGGCAAAUGGAUUUCCUUCUUUUCCAGAUGUACAGUGUCCCAGUAGUCAUGGAGACCUUUUCAAUAUGCUGUUUCCAGAAGAUAUGUAAAGGUUUUAAUUUUUCACUCCUAAUAAAACAUUUAUUUUUGUUCUGAAGACUAUAUCUGAGUGAAUGAAGGCAGGUACUAUGUACAUUUCUUUUGAUAAGGUCAGUCUUAAAAAGAGUUGGAACAUGAGAAAGUAAACUAGCCUAGUUUUGUAUGACCUGGUUAUACAACCAACACGAAUCUCAUUUUUGGAAGGGCCGUCAGUAUCUUUAGCACAUAACUCAGCAAUAUCUUGUAAAUACUAUUUUUAGUAGAUAAUGAAUUACAUUAACUCCUAGUUAUUUAAGUAGGUUUAGACUCUAACUCCAUACAUAGUAACUACAGUACUACAACUCCUAACAAUAACUUAAUAUUAGGCAAUUAUUUCUUUUCUCUGUAUCUUGCCACAAAAAUUUGCAACACUUUUCCUGUUUCUAUUACAUGUUAAAUAGUGUCAGUGUAAGCAGUUAACUUUAAAUAGGGCUUCUAAAUGAAUUAAUAUUUAUCUUAAAAUUAACCUGCUCUCUCUACUUUUAUUUUUUCUUGUUGUUAAGUUUUACAUGUUUUAAGAUUAAUGUAUCUGUAAAUAUCACAAUUUUUGUACCUUUAGUUCUUAUUAUGACAUGGAAAUAUGGCAGGUUUUUUAAUAAUCAUUAUUAUACUGAUGUCUUGCAUUUCUUUCCUUUCCCGUGUUCUUGUGUAUGUAACUAGAUUUUUAACCAGAAAUAUCUAAAUUUACGAUCGGGUUUGUUAUUUUAUUCCACUAAUACUUAUCUCAAGGACCAGUAUUUUAUCUUUGAAACAAGAGAAUAUCAUAUUUACAUCAGCAAAUAAUUGCAAGUGCUAAUAACUUAGUGUUUCUUCUUCUGUGAAGAAUUAAUGGACUUUGAAAUUGGUAACUAAGGAAUAGUAGCUUAUUAAAUCUUAGCCAUUUGAUAUAAUACAAAUGCUCCUGUUUUGUUUUGUUUUGUUUUGUUUUGUUUUGUUUUGUUUUGUUUUAGCCUUCAAAGUUUUAAAUGACCCUCAGGACUCAUUAGCUUCUGCUUAGCUACACAGAAAACUGUAAUGGAAACAUCCCCUGAAUCAUAUUGCCCGAGAUGCUCUGGUGCUUAGUUAAGGUGCAGUUUCUUUUUCUAGGUUUGAGAUAAUUUAGCUGAAGAAACACACACACAUUUUUGGUGCUUAUUCUUUGGUGAAGGGAGAUAUGCACUGAUUCUUUUAUAUGAGAUUAAACAGAACUAUUAUUUUUAUAGCUCUUUGCAUGUUACAAAGAGCUUUCCUGUACAUUCACGUGUUUAAUUUGCCCAACAAUCUUGUGAAGUUGAUAUGAUUAACAUCAUUUCUAUUUUAAAGAAGAACUGAGGUUCAGAAAUAUUGAGAAACGUGCCUAUGAUACAUACCAGUUCGAUCAUGCAGCUCAGGUCCCCUGACUCCAGCUCUCACGUUCUUCCUCUCACUCAUCUGUUUCGCUGAGAUUCAGACGCCCAUGGUUAUAACUAAUGAUGAGCAUAUUUUAGUAUUUCUGUUUGUUUCCUAGUAUUCCUUUUGAGCUAAAGUUGUAGGGGAAGCAAUUUGAUAUGCUUCAAUUUUGUAAAAAAUCUCUCUAUAUAUACAUACAUACAUAUAAAUAUGCCUGUCUGUGUUAGAGGAAAAACUGCUCUUAUUUAUUUCUGUAAGGUAUCAAUUAAAUAAAUAUUUUAGUGGAA